GGCCAACAAAAAUUAAACAACGUUAUUUUGACUAAAAUAUUAUAGCCGGUUCUUAUAGGAUUUUUCCCGUACAAUCCGAAUCCGAAUAUUAGAUUGGCUCUAGUUUUCGAGCAACUUAGGUUUAAAGGUGCCGAAAACGCAUUUUGGAUAUUUUUGAGCCUCUGUAAAACAUUAAAUUGAUGCAAUAUAUAUAUCUGUGCGGGAGGAUGUGAAAGCCUAAACACUGCCCUUUAAUACUCAAAAUCAAAAAAUUAUGGUGAAAGGGUUAACGGCCUUUAUCCAUAUACUGCAGAAAUUCCUGUACCAAUAUUUGAAGUACAACUCGAGGUUUCACGGAUAAAUCACCAAAUACCGAUGGACACUGACUCUAGCAGUGGAAAUGAAGAUGAGGAAGAUACGUUUAAACUCAAGUUGCUUGAAAACUAGAGCCAAUUACAAAUUUUCAACAUCAGAUUCGGGUUCUACGGGACAAAUCCUAUAAGGAUUGGCUGUAAUAUUUUAGUCUACAUAAAUUUUGCUGGCCUGUGUUCUGUUCUCUUACUUAGGGUUUACACCGGACAAUACUGUCAUGACAAUAGCAACACAUGCACACUUUUUCACUAAUACAUGCAUACAUUUCCAAUUGUCUCAAUCACUGUCUUGAUUAUUUUCAAGACAGUAAAUCGGACAAUGAUUUGACGUAUGCAGACAAUAAUUUUGACAUCUUUUGCAAGAAAGAAGAGAAAUUAAUAACAAAUGAACUAAUAGCGUUUUCUUUUCUCACAAAAAAUUUUACCCUCAUAAAUGGCAAUAUUCUCUUUGCGUCACACCCAUCCCUAAAAUAUGGUAACAUUAAUUGCGCAAGAAAAGGAGGUUACCCUGGAUAUCAGCUGAUGCUAUUAACCAAAAAAUACAAAUUUCGCUAAAUAGAAAAUAAAUCGCUUUAUUAAAAUGGAAGCAAAAAAGGAAAGCCCAUUAUUUAAAACAUUGCAGCUUUGGGCAGAUGGAGAGAGCCGGCUCCUUCUUGAUAGAUACGCGCACUACUUACCUGAUAUUGGCCCCAUGAAAACGUUGAAAAAUAAGAAGGAAAUGUGGAUAAAAAUUUCAUCAGAAAUUGAAGGCAAAAGUCCUAAGCAGUGCGAGGAACGGUACAAAACAAUUAUAAGAAGAAAGAAAGCCGCUGUGGAAAAUAACAACACAUCCGGAGCAAAAAGGCAAAAAAUUGACUUCGAGCGCGAGCUCGAUGAAAUAUGUAAGCUGGAUGACUCGAUCGAGCCCAAAAUCCAGAUAAGCAGCCAGAAUGUUUUACGAAAAAGUGCCUUUAAUGAAAGUGUUGUGAAAUACGAAAAAAAGGAAAAGAAAACUGUACAAGAGACUUUGAUGGAGAUAGCGCAAAAUAAGGAGGAAGCCCGGGAGAGACGACACAAAGAAAAAAUGAACUUAAUUCAAAACUUACUGGGAAAGAUGGUAGAAGACAAAAAGUAUUAAUCCCGCACCUACAGUUGUCCACGUAAUAAUAGGAGUGCGAAAUUUUUUCCAGUUUUGACUACUUUUCUUUUGUUUAUUAAAUAUUUUUUUUUUUAUGUUUAUAGAAGUUUAGUUGGUUAUACAGCAAACACCAUAUAAGUAAACAUUGCUAACUUUGUACAAAAAUUUUAAAAAUUCUGCAAAGGUUCAAAAAUU